AUGUUAAUGAAGGAUUUUUUUUUAGGAGAGCGCCCUUUCCCGUGCACCUGGCCGGCCUGUACCAAGAAGUUUGCCCGUUCGGACGAGCUUGCCCGACACACGCGCACCCACACCGGGGAGAAGAAGUUCCCGUGCCCGCUGUGCGAGAAACGCUUCAUGCGGAGCGACCACCUGAUCAAGCACGCCCGCCGCCACCCCCACUUCCACCCCAACAUGAUCCCCCGGGCCGGCAGCCGCAGCAUAUCCCCCACGGGCUCCCUGCCCAGCCCCCUGCCCAGCCCCACCGCCUUCCUGUAGGCAAGACCCAGCCCCUCCACAUAGCAGACUGGAGCCCUUCAAGAACAUCACCCAUGGUCCACCUAGAAAACACAUUUAAAAGAAGCAGCAGCGUGUUUGAAAUGCAUUUCCCCCCUUUGAGCAAUACUGUGUGUGCGGGGUCUGCUGAAACCCCUGUAAAGUUUAUUAGCAAACCCCCUUUCUUAUCCCUGGUAUGUGGGAUGUACAAGUGUACUAGACAGCUGGAUGUAAAUCUAGGUAGUGGUCAUCUAGCGCAAGCUCUGGUACCAGAAGUUCCCCUUGCAGAGCGCUUCCUCUUAUAUUGGCAGGGAUUGGUUGACCAGAGCUUUCUGGUUUGUGUUGUCCAAUCCGGUUCAAACAGAGAUCUGCAAUCUUUAUACUUGAUCUAAAACCGCUUGUAAAUAUGAUUGCAGGGCUCUCUCGUACCCUGGGUCUUCAGUGGGACUCCACAGUAUAGAAAUCCGGUCCGUUCGGAUUGCAUCCUGAGUAACGGACAUACAUUCACGCUCGGCCUCUCCGCUCCCAAUUUGGUUGAAAUGUUUUUCUGCAUGCAACUAGUUUUUAAAGUUAGAAAAAAAAGGAAGCAGCGAUGUCUUGCAAUCUCAGGCGCUGUGCUGGCUUUGUUAAAUUUUGUAGUUGAAUUAUUGGCACUAGCUUAUCCCCACUCUCUCGUGGGAUAGACGUCACUGAGACUGGUAGAGUGCCACCCCUCUGGUCAAGCUAUUGGGUCAUUUCAGAUCAAAGGGUUGGGGGGGUGGUCCUGCAGCCUUUUCAACAGAAACUGAACCUUGAGUGAGACUGUGCAGUAAGCCUGAGGGAGGGGCGGC